CACCGAAUGCUCCCGCGGCGUUUCAGUCCGGUCUAGUCCGUCGUUGCGACACGUUUGCCGCGCGGUUUCGUUCCGAGAGCCGAUACAGAAUUUCGUUUCGCUACUCCGAGCGGUCUGUUCGCGGGUAAAGUGCGUGCAUGUGCUCGUGAUACAAGGACCUAUCAGGGAUGGAGUGAAGUGUAAAAAAAAAAGCCAACCAUGAGCACGAUGACGAGACGCUGGAUCAUUCACGGCCUGCUUCUCCUUGGAUAUAUUCAAGCAUGCUGGCAGCUCACGAUAAAAAACGUGAACGUACCACCAACGGUGAAGGCCGACAGCACCGAUUACGUGAUCCUGGACUGCGACUACGACCUCGAGGACACGCCUAGCAAGGGAUUAGUAGUGAAAUGGUUCUUCAACACCAACGAAGUGGCUUACCAAUGGAUACGCGGUAGGGACCCUCUGGCCGGCGACACCACGCGAAAGUACGUAGACCUGAAGUACAAAGCCAGCGACGAUCCGUACACCGAGUACCGAGCCAUGAAAUUGAAUAAACCCGGUAUCGAUCUCACCGGCGAAUACACGUGCGUCAUAUCCACUUUCGCCGACGAGAAAUCAGCGAGCGCAUCCAUGGUCGUCUAUUCGACGGAGGACAAAUUCGAACUUGUAUAUAAGAAAAGGACCAUAGAUGAUAAAGAGGGGGUGGAGAUCACGUGCAUGGCAGAGGGGCUCUACCCGCAACCUACUCUGGAUAUAUCAAUCGAGAGCGUACCGGAGAAGCAAACGGCCAAGCCCACCGUUACGCUGCGUGACGAUGGACUGUACGAUAUCUUAUCACGAACGACCUUACUGGACGAGGAUUUGCCGGAGGCGGCGAUUGUCAAAUGCCUGCUCGGAAUACCGAAGGCGAACUACAACGUGUCCCACAAAACCGUUUACUAUCCAGGAACGCCUACUACUAGUUCAACCGCUACAACGAAGCUGCUGCACAAAAUGGAGAUCCAAGCGCUAGACGACUCGAGGCCUAGCAAUGGUGGUGGGAAUUUCGCUGGUCGAUUGUCAAUUAACAUCCUGCUAGUCACGAUACAUGCGAUAUUCGUCAACUUGCUCAUUUAACUGUCCGAUCAUUAGAUCGUCAAACAGGAAUCGCAAACUGGGGAGUAAGCUUUAAAACUCGACUAUUCCCCGAUCUUGUCGUCUUGCGAGCACCACUGCCUACGAGAUACGGAAAACGCGUGUCCGUGUUUUAAACGUUGUAUCAAAGAAACAAAGAAAAAAAGAAAAAAAAGAAACGCAAAAAAGAAAAAAGAUGAGAACUUUACGAACGCGUUCGUAAUGGCGUACGCGGGGAAUACGUGAACGGAGAAACAUUGUACGUGCUGUUUAGAGUGUUGUUUAUACAUAUUAUAUAUAAUGAGAUUCUCUAGUUGGAUGUAACUAUCGUUGCACGAACGUUCGAAACCAAAGAUUCGGGCGAGGAAGCCUGUUAAUCAAAAUAUAAAUGAGAGGAGACCCCCCACCCCAACCCUUUUCCCGCGGACCGUUGUAAAUAUACGUUCAAGAUUUCAUCUUGUAUAUUGCAGUUCGAGUCAUAUUAUAGAUCGUGUUUGUUGCUCUCUCUCUCUCUCUUCGUGUUACGUCGGAUUCGUAAUAAGUAUAUCGUUUAAAUGGGAUAAAGUGUAUGGAAUUUUAUAUGCGAUGUACAGCGGACAGGAUAUACGCAGGGCGUUAGGAACAGGACGUUUAUCUCCGUCAGGAAAAUACUUCUUGGGAUCAUUAAGUAAUUAAUUGAUAAUAAUAAUAAUAAUAAUAAUAAUAAUAAUAAUAAUUAUUGAAGGCGUAAAACGUUUUUGCUUAUGGUUGUAUGAACACUUACAUAAAAACAAUCAGAAUGCAUUGAGAUUUUAAAAGUUACUAGAUAUUAUAUUAAUAAAACACUAUACAAAAUUUUAGACUGACCAAUGAGAGCGCGUGUAGGGCCCGCGAUUAGUCACGAGAAUGGGGACUCGGUUUGUGACACUCGGGCCCGCGCUCGGUCACAGGAAUGGGGGCUCCACUCGUGACGCUCGGCCAUUGGUCAACGCGGCCCUACGCGUGCUCUCAUUGGUUAACUGUUUUUCGUUAAUAAUUUAAAAACUGUGCCUCGUUGUGCAUUUUGCCAAAGGAAAUAGUAGUUCAGAAUCAUCCAUUUUCGACAGAACACUUUAUUUAAGAUCUUUGGGUCGUCGAGGAUCGUAUUUGAAAGAGGGUAACUAAAUCUGGAGUGCUCUGACAUCAAUUUCAAUUAGAACAAUCUGUUUUGGACAUAUUGGGUUUUUGCAAAUUACAUUAGCCUUUUCAAAAAGGAGUUUGACGACCCAUAAAUGUCAUACAGGCUGUCCAGAAUAAGCGAUCAAACUUUCCCAGUUUAUGUUCUAUCUUUGCCUGGUUAAAUAGAACAGUGACGUUAAAACUGUCUUGAGAAAUGUUAUAAAAGUCGCAUGACUACCCAAUCCGCUUAAAUACCGAAAAUAGUUCUGCUUGAACUAGGAGAUGAACGUCCUGCCUAUUCCCCUGUAUCAUAAAAUACACGAUACAUGCAUAUAUCGAUUAUACGUAACCUGAAUGUGUAAUUAUUUUAAUAUGUGUACAUAGUUCCGACAAUAUACAUAGGGGAUGAAACGAGUGUUUAAGAAUGGAGGAUAGAGCGCGAUGACAUUCUUGGAUAUGAGGAGUGUACAGUUGUUUCUACGAAACGCAUCGUUGAGAAACGCGAGGGUCCGAAUUUAUCAUGUACAUUAUUUCUUACUGAGAACGCGACGUAUAACGACGAGCCGUCGUCCUGUUACGAAAAGUUUUGCACGAUUUCGACGUACGGAUGAGCCGAACGAGUUCCGUUUGUCCAUCAAUUAUUUAUUUAAUUGAAAAGUUUGCUCGGCUGUUUUGAUUAGAUUAAUAAAUUAAGACGCAGCGUGAGCCAAAAAUUGAAUCGAUCAAUUGUUUAAUUGAUGUUAAUUUUAACUGUGAAUUUCGAUACCAAAGAUCGGAUCGUGAAUGAUACCUGACCGAGAAUAAAAACCUAAUCGCGUCGCACCAAAGUUCGUGUCUAAUUAAAUUACGAUCUAACGCCUAAUUUAGGAUACUUUAACGCUAUUGCACAUAAGAAAUGAUUAGCGAACGUUUAUUUUUUCUUAUACGAAUCGUUAAUAUAAAAGAUAUUCCAGAAAAUGUGUUAGGGAAGAAGAGAGGUGAUUCUAUAAGUGUUUCUGAAAAACAAUUUCCUUUACCGAAAUGCGAAGUGAAGCAUGGUUUUUGAAUUAUUAACGAAAAACACUGACCAAUCAGAGCACGCGUAGGGCCCGCGCUGAGUCCCCACUCCGUGGCUGAACGCGGGCCCGCGCUGGGCCCCCACUCCGUGGCUGAACGCGGGCCUGCGCUGGGCUACUGCCGAGCGUCGCCGAGCCGAAUACUCCCGAGCGUCACGAGCCGAACCCCCACUCCCGCAGGCCCGCGCUGAAUCCCCACUUCGUGGCUGAACGCGGGCCCGCGCUGGGCUACUGCCGAGCGUCGCCGAGCCGAAUACUCCCGAGCGUCACGAGCCGAACCCCCACUCCCGCAGGCCCGCGCUGAAUCCCCACUUCGUGGCUGAACGCGGGCCCGCGCUGGGCUACUGCCGAGCGUCGCCGAGCCGAAUACUCCCGAGCGUCACGAGCCGAACCCCCACUCCCGCAGGCCCGCGCUGAGCCACAGGAGUGGGGGCUCGUGACGCUCGGCAAUGGCUCAACGCGGGCCUUAGACGAGCUCUGAUUGGUCAAGUGUUUUUCGUUAAUAAUUCAAAAACCAUAGCUUACUUCGCAUUUUACCAAAGGAAGUUAUUGUUCAGAAACACUUCCAGAAUCAUCCUUUUUCGGCUGUAACACUUUUUCUGGGACACCUUGUAAUAUGAAAUAUUGUAGUCGUCGAUAUUUGUCUCCGAGCGAGAUGAGAACAGGAAAUAAGAAGAAGAAGAAUAAGACGAUGAUGAAGAAGAAGCUAUUAUAAUAAACGUUAUAGUUGUAAAUAAAGUGGCCUCCCUAGUCCCGAUUAUGUUAAUUGCUUGAAAAGCCUAUCGAACAAGAAUGAAACAUUUUUUACUAUGUUGAUAGAAGCGAUGGAAAAAAAAAAAAGAAAUUGCGCACCGAUCGUAAAAGAAUGAGAAAAUCGAGAAAAUGUAUGUGUAAUGCGUGCCUCUAAUUAUAAUUACCAGAUUAGCUGGCAAUGGUCCCCGGUAAGUUUUCAAUAGGUUUCAAACGACUUUAAUCGUUUCGCAGAAAUAUUGUAUCUCUGUAUAUUUUCAUAAAGUGUUGACGUAAAACCAUUGCCGUUCGACUAACCGAAUUUGUAUCAGAUGCAUAAAAUAGGAAACUGUAUUUUCUCUUAUCGUCAGAAAUUUAUGUGUGCCCCGUUGUUGAACGACGCCCACGCGUUCUCGUGAUAAUGACAAUGCAUCGCAUGUUCCAAAUACGGGCGGGCGAAGCUCGAUAGCGUUUUAAUUAAUUAAGUAUUCGUAUCUCUCGAUCGGAUUUCUUAAAUAUUCUUUGCAUUCUCGUUCGGUUAAUAAAUUUUCAUUCUCGAGAGCUUGUAUCGUCGUUGAGUUCGACAGUCAAGGAUCAUCAAAGAAUAAAUUACAUGAUAUUUACUAACACGCUUUGUCUCUUGCGUUUUUCGUUUCAUUGUAAAACGUAAAAUAAAUGGAUGAUUCAUUUAAAUAAA